AUGGUUAUUUUCAUUUUCCUGCUUCUAUGUCUUGCUCCAACUUUAUUUUCGAAUUCAAUCAAACAAAUUGUGACUGAAAAGGCUUACCCAAUAAAUGGAGUUUGCAAAGCGAAACAUUUUAAUGUAUCAGAUCCGAAAACUUGUCUGAAUUUGCUGGAAACAAAUUCAUCUUUUGAAAUAUCUUACUAUAAUUCAACCAGUUCUGAAUGUUGUCUAUCAAACUAUCAAUAUAUUUUUGCAACAAAAAAAUCAGAGAAUUACGAUUUCACAAGUUUUCGAAUUGAUAUAAAUGAUACUUGUCCAGUUGUUGAAAAACCAUGGGCAUUAGAAACUAUGAAUCUAGCUGGAAAUGAGAAAUUUGUUAUGGCUUAUAAUGAAUCUACUCAAAUUAUGAAUGUUACAGGUGAGAAUUAGAGGUUAUGCUCUCUGUAAGUUUUUUAAACAGAUCCAAAUUGCAAUGGGACAGUAGCAAUAAUCAAUGGAACUAGUUAUUGUCAGAUUUUUGUUAUUGACCCUUGGAGCGGUUCUCAUAAAACCUAUAUUUGGCAGUUUUCUGGUAUCCACAACCGUCAUAAAAUUAUCUAAAAUAUCUAUUUCAGAAAAACCAUUCAUAGCAAGUAGUCCGUACGAUAUUCAUUUCACAAGACUCCGUUUUCAUAAGGUAUUAGAGUUUAAAAAUAAGACAAAUGGAAUGAUAAUUAUGGAUGGAAAAAGAAAUGCAAAUUGUCAACGGGCUGAUAAAAUAGGGCUUGCUGAAUACAAAUUUCCAAAUGGUUUUGAUUUUGUUGACAAGGAAAACCCGAUGUUGAAUUCAUAUACAUUCGUGGAUCAACCAUCGAUUGCAACAAAUAAGCUAUGCGUUUCAAUGUUUUAUAGUAUGACGGACUCAAAUAUGAAUAUGAAAGUUGAUUAUGUUAGGUUAGUAUGAGAUUUUGUUUGACUUGCUGAUUGUCUGAAUCUAGCAAAAUUGGUUCUGAUUCCAGAUGUGAUUACUAUUGGGAAGGCAAUUAUACUGGUGAAAUGUCAAUGGGUUUGCUACCAAAAGGUUCACAAUGGGAAUCCGCCCCAGGACCCCAAUUUGAUAUACAACGUGAUUUCUGA